GUCUAAACACAGGAGGGGAUGUUCCAGCAAAACAUCUCAUGCAGAUGUCAGGAUUUUUUUUUUUUAUCAACUGGGUAAAAAGUUUGUGUUUUUGUACUUCAAGCUGACUGCUAUUCUCUCCUGUGCUAAAGUCUGUUCUUUCUUUCUUUCCAGAUGAAAUGGGUUUUGGGCAGCAGAUUGCUGGCAUGCUGGCAGAUUGCUGGCAGUUCAACUGCUGCACCAUUUAAGGUGGAACGGAAAAAGCACAAAAAGAAGCUGGAAAACUGUCCUUAGAAAAUGUUACAAGCUGUGUCUGUAAUUAGCUUGAGCGCAGCUGUCUAAACACAGAAGCUAAACAAACAGGAGGGGAUGUUCCAGAAAAACAUCUCAUGCAGAUGUCAGGAUUUUUUUUUUAUCCACUGGGUUUUUGUACUUCAAGCUGACUGCUAUUCUCUCCUGUGCUAAAGUCUGUUCUUUCUUUCUUUCCAGAUCAGGGUGCCUCAGUUUCCACGGUUACUGUGCCUGAAUGAAAUGAGCCUGCCAGAGGGGGGAACAGGACACAGUCAACACGACCAUGUGAGAGAGUGCACAGCCUGCAGUACUCUGGUGAAUAGUUGCGUUACCUAACUGUUCUGUAAACAAGUUGACCUCCAGCGGUUUUGCCAGACUUGAGGUAUGGGGACAUCUCAACAAGAGACAGUGGCUGAAAGAGUGGGGGAUAAAGGGAAAGAUGAAGGAGUUCAUCUCAGGCGGAGGAUCACUCUGCUGCCCGCUGUCUCCUUCAUCAUCGGCUCAGUGGUGGGCAGUGGCAUCUUCAUUGCUCCCAAAGGUGUGCUGAUGAACUCGGGCAACGUGGGACUGUCCUUGCUGGUGUGGGCACUCUGCGGAGUCCUCUCCACCUUUGGUGCCCUGUGCUAUGCUGAGUUAGGUACCAGCUUUAAAAAGUCUGGUGGUCAUUACACAUACUUACUUGAGACCCUUGGCCCCCUUCCUGCUUUCCUGAGACUGUGGGCUGAGUUCAUUUUCAUCAGGCCGGCAGUGGCCUCUUAUGUGUCACUGGCUUUUGGGCGCUAUGUUGUAGAACCACUUUACAUGCCAUGCCCAGCUCCUCCAGCACUGGUCAAACUAGUCAGCAUCCUUGGAGUUACAUUUGUCGUGGCAGUGAAUUGCUGGAGUGUGUCUUUGGCCUCUCGUACUCAAGUCACUCUGACCUUCAUUAAAAUCUUUGCUCUGGCUCUAAUCAUCGUCCCGGGCAUCAUGGCCCUUGCCCAAGGACAAACAGAAAACUUCCAGAAUGCUUUUGACAUGGACACAGAGUCUUUCACCCUGACCAAGCUUCCUUUGGCCUUCUACUCAGGUCUCUAUGCCUAUGGUGGAUGGUUUACUUUAAACUAUGUGACAGAGGAAGUUAUUAAUCCAAAUAGAAAUAUUCCACUGGCAAUCGUUUUAUCCAUGAUCACGGUUACCGUGUGUUAUGUGCUGGUUAACGUGGCAUACUACACUAUGAUGACCGGAGAUGAGCUGCUGAGGUCUGAGGCAGUGGCUGUGACCUUUGCCAGCCGAGCUUUGCAGGGCGUGGCCUCAGGGGUGCCAAUACUGGUUUCUCUGUCCUGCCUUGGGGCCCUUAAUGGAGGAUUCUUUGGAGUACCUAGGAUGCUGUUUGUGGGAGCCAGAGAGGGACACUGGCCAGCUCUCUUUUCCAUGAUCCACUUACAGAGAAAGACACCCCUGCCAGCUGUGCUAUUGCUGUACCCUCUGGUGCUUGUCAUGGUAGCAAGAGGAGAGAUCUUUCAGUUGAUCAACUUCGCCUCCUUCUCACGCUGGUUCUUCAUUGCCUUGGCGACUCUGGGGCUUCUUAUCCACCGCUAUCGAUUCCCAGACUAUCCAAGGCCAUUUAAGGUUCCUUUAGCUGUGAUUGUGGUCUUCACAGUGGUGUGUUUCUGCAUCGUGGGUAUGUCUCUGUAUUCAGACCCAUGGAACACAGGCGGCAGUUGUGCUCUAACACUUUCUGGAGUACCAGUGUACUACCUGGCAGUAAAACGCUCAUAUAUACCAGCCCAGUGGAAAAAAGCCUUCAACUACUGCAGCCUACAACUUCAGAUCCUACUGGAAGUGGUACAACAAGAAGUUCUGACUUACUGAGAGAACAUGAACAUUCUCUCCAUCAUGCCAAGGGAAAACUGAAUCACGAAAUCCUCCAUGUUAAAUAUAUGUACUCAUAUUACUACUUACAGUGUCGAGUACUUUAAGAACUGAUGUUUUCAAAUUCAGUAAUAGUCCACUCUGAAACUUUUCAGAUACAUUUUUCUUGACUAGUGGCAUGACUGUUACAGACUAGAUUUACACUGAACUAUUAGAGAUAUCACUUUUUUAAACAUCAUUAUUGAAACCUUUGUUGUCAGAUAUUGAUCUGAUGUUUUUUCUUUAAAAACUAGUAAGAUGAGCAUCUAGUAGGCUCAGUCUACUCAAACUAUUCAAUUACUCUACUACCACAGAGGAAGAAACACUCAGCUAACAUCAUCACAUCAUAUAAUGCAGUUCAUGUUUUUUCUUUAUUGCUGUGUUGGGAAUUGGGAACAAACAAAAAUGUGGACCAUUUGGGGGUCCCUGAGGACCAGUUUGAGAACUACUGUUACAGGACUAAAUUGUAUUGUUUUUUUUUCCUCUGAUAACCAAUCCAGCCUUUUCUGCUGAUAUUGACCUGAUACUAAUAUCCAUUGAUAAUUGUCAUGACAUCUUUAAAAGGGUGGGGUAAAAGUAAUAGUUGUUCAAGAAAUAACAAAAAAUAUAUGGAUACCAAGGAAACAUAAUUACACUAAACAAUUAUAUAACUACACAAUAUAAUAUAGUAGUAAAGAUGCACAUAUGAAUUUUUAUGGCCGAUUCUGAUUCCCUUACAGCCAAACUGGCUGAUGGCCCAUUAUUAUGAGCCUUUUAUAUGAACAAAAAGAAAUGUAGAAAGGUACAGGCCCCAAGUGAAUGUGAAGAUUUAAAUACUGUAUAUUCAGGAUAGAGGGGCUUUAAUGAAACUCGGCUUUUUAAAUGUCCUGUUUAAGCAGACUUUAAAAUACACGACUCUGCAAAAAAGGUCAAGUGCUGAUGGACUGCUACAAUAAAAAAGGCAAUAAAAAAUUA